AUGCCAGACACGCACUACCGGCCCACAUUCAAGGCUGUGCGUGAGGUGCUGCACUCGCUCCGCUCCAAAACAAACACGACCAGCGUGGUGGGCACAUGGAGCUCGUCGGCCAGCUGCUUUGUCGCUGUGGGUGGUGGCUCGACCUGUCUGCCGUACGGCUAUGCCGCAGCACUGGGCGAUUGCGACUCUGACGCGCGAUUGCAAUUCAACCCCAAAGCGGCUUCCUUCCAGGUGCUGGACGAUAUUGCUUCGCUGCGUCAGGGCAUCGCGUCGAUCGCCAUGAAUGCGGGGAGUGUCGGCAAUGCGCUCCAGGCCGUGGCGGGGCUCACCCAACAGCUGAGCAACAAUUCGACGCUGGCAUCGCUCAGCGCGCUGAAGACAUACUGUCCGUCUCUGCGCACGCAACAGGCUGUGGUUCUGGCCUCAACAUGGGCUCUCGCCUCCGAGCCACACUUCACUUCCAAGUUGACCGCGGCUUCGGCCUCGCUGUUGAGCUCCUGGCAGUCAUCUGCGCUCAGCAGCGCUUCUCUAGCCGCUGUCCAGCGAGCAUCGGGCGCUCUUUCAAACUACACUGACGCGGCUGGCCGCCUGCAAGUGCUUCUCAGCGAGCAAACGGCCCGAUUCUUGACACAGACUGACGUCGACGCGCUGUCGAGGAUUCUGGUCGAUGUCAACAACAGCCUCACAAGCCUGGUUGACGCCCACACGCUGAUUCUGACCAACGCCAGUUCCACUCCUCGACAGAACGGAAGCCUUGUGCUGGAGUCAACCGAGCUGUUGGCCACCGCCUAUGUGGCGCAUCACUGGACGGCCCUGACGGCUUCGUUGGCAAUCAGGGAUCAGUACCUGUGGGGCCUCUACUCCAGCUACGUCACCAGCGGGGUGGCAAUACCAAGCAACUUCACGGCCACAGCCAACACCAUGUUGGCCACACUGGUCGAUCAGCGUGUGCAGCCGCUGCUCGACAGGAUGGCCGCGCUCUUCACCGGCAUCGCGGGACUGGCGAACGUGUCGCCGUGCUUACGGACCAAGCUCGCCGAGCUGGGUCGCAUCAGCUUCAGCUUCAGCUCGCCGGUGGCUUCUUCCUCGUCCUACCUGCUGUCGCUGGGCCUCUAUGACUGUCGCGCGCUGCAGAGCGUGCACGACACCGCGGCCCAGGACGGCAAGCCGCAGGCUGAGCUCCUGUGGCUGGUCGAAGGCGAUGCCGUGGCCAAGAGCGGCGACUUGACCCGCGUCGCCACCACUCCGCUGGGCAACUCGACCCCAAUCAACACCUACUAUCUCUACCUACCCAGAAACGCACAAUCGACGCUCACUGCCGUGCCCUCGUCGCAGUUCGCGUCCAACAACACCGCCUUGAAUUUGGCAGGCGAGAGCUUGUCGCCCGUUCUGCGGCGGGGAGAUACUGUUCACGAAGGCGAUGAUGAAAGUGGUGAAACGGACCUAGAACGCCAGCCCAGCGAAUCGAUUCAGGGACAACGCCGAGUAGUAGAGAGGGGUCAAUGCAACCCCGGCUACUACGGUGUUAACUGCACCAUCUGCUCCAAUGGCUCUUCCAACGGUCCUCUGGGGCGAGUGAGCUACCCCGAAUACGGCGUGCAGACCGCCCAGUGCCCCUUCGUGUGCCUCAACCCAUCUCUCUACGCCAACGAGGCCUACAACGCCUGUAUACCGACUCCGAUCGGCUUCUACUCCCCCAACGGCGGCCAUACCCUUCUGCCCUGCCGGCGCACCGGAAUCUCGCCCCAGUUCUAUCAGUGGACGAGCGGCGGAACGCGCAACUCGCCGACGUCGUGCAACGGCACAGUCGUGUACCAGGCGCUGGCCAUCGCUCCACCCAGCGACCUCUACUCGAUGGCCGCACUCAACGGCACCCAAUUCACACUUCAGAUGUGGAUUGACUGGGAGGAUACGUACAAGUCGGGCGACGCCAAUUCGUCUGCCGCAGGAGUGGGCUUUGGCUUGCUCGGCGUGACUCAGGUGUGGCGGUGGUACCUGCAGCGAAUGGCCGAUGGACACAGCAGGCUGGUGUUUGAGACGAUCAACUCCACCAACAUGGCGGCCCUGAGCGACGCGUUCGUGCUCGAUGCCGGCUGGCAUCACAUGGCGGUGACCGGCGACAACGCCAGGCGAGUGGUGACCUUCUACGUCGACGGCAAUCAGAUCGGCAACGACUGGUACGACCGGCGCCUCUUUCGGUCCACCGACCCGGCGUCGACGGAGCUGGCCCUGGGCGGCCAGCGGAGCACCGAGAGCUCGGCCUUUGGCGUGCUCCCCACCACAUUUGCCCUGCUUACCGCGCAGCUAGACGAGAUAUCGAUCACCCACGCUCGCCUGCCCGUCGAUCGUCUCGGCUGGCACAGCCCCUCGUCACGCUAUGAGGCCUUUUGCGUGGGCUUGUCGAGCGACCUUGUCAAGGGAUGGUGCUUGCCCCGGUGUCCCAAUGGCAUGACCAGAAACGAGACCGCCCUUGCUCUCGGUUCGUACCGAGGCCUGGCGGCGGCCGCGGGCAAUCGCUCCGCCGCGCCGACGGCGGCCAGCUGGCAGUCCUUCAUGGGCGGGCUGGAGGACGGCUGCCGGUGCCCGCCCGGGACGGAGCGCUGGUUCGACGCCUGUCUCACGCCCUGCAUGCCCGGCGCCUUGCGCGACCAGAACGGGCGCUGCCAGUGCCCCGCCGGGAGCUACCAGGCCUGGGGCGCCAACGCGACGCGCUACGUCACCUUCGACUUCAGCCUCCCCUCCAGCGCCAUCCAAGUGCAAAUCGCCGAAAUUGAGCUCUUUGACGCCAAUGACACCAAGCUGGCGGUGCUCGGGUGUGUGGAGGGAGAGCCCACCACCGCCGGCUCCGGUGGUGUCACGUCAUCGUCGUGCCCCAGGCUCUACGACGGCCGGAAGGAGCCGGCCUCGGCGCUCUUCGCCAGCUACGCCCCGCCUGCCGGUCUGGAGCCGUACGCCUGGGCCGCCCGAGGGACUGGCAGGGCGCGGGUCACGCUCGACCUGGGCGUGCGGCCGCCUGCGGCCACCCGUGCGCUCUCGCGCAUCGUGAUCUACAUGACCGCUCGCAUGCGCGACGCGCUGGCCAAUGCCACGACCCACUCCUCGUCGACUGUCGACACAUUCCUUUCCACCGAAGCCGUGCCGGCGGGAAGUCUCGACAACACCAGUGAUGGCUGCGCGCUCAGUGUGAGGGUCGGAGAUAAAAUCGUGAGCGGGGCAUCGCUAUUGGUCGAGUCCUUCUUCGGCCUCUUGCCCUCGGCGGCCCUCGUCCUCGAUGACACUCAGAUGACUCCGACCCAGUCGCUCGGCUCGCUGUCCUGCGCCGCAUGUCCCGCCCACUCCACCAUCUCCAACGCGCCUCGCACCAGCGUCAAGCUGCCCAACGGCACCGCCCUCUCCUUCGCCGUACCCUCGGUCGCAACGCGCGAGUUCAACGCCGACGUCUACGGCACGACGCGCGUAUCAACGCUGAUGUUCCAUCCCACCCUAUCUCCCGCCUAUCCGAUGUACGAAAACUACACGCUUCUGCCGCCCUCGUUGCUGCCGGCGCCCUCGGCCGGCUCUGCGCUCGCCAAUCCCGUGCGCGUGGCCCUCUACUACCCGCGGAACGUCACCGACGCGCUCACCCUUCGCUACACGCUCGACGGGUCCGCCGUCACCAACGCCUCCCUGAUCUUCACCAACGACACCCAGCUCGCGUGGCUUCUGCCCUCUGAAGAAACGCAGGCUCGCUACCAGUUCCUGGCCGUCGAAUCGACCGGCGAGUCAUCAAGUGAUGAUUCUGCGGGCAUCUGCGGCGACAUGGUGGUGGUGUGCAUCGCGGUGCCGAUCGGGGGCUUCCUGCUGGGCGUGGUGCCCACCAUCAUGGCUGCGGUGGCGAUCCACGCCUGCUACCGCCGGCGCAAACAGGAGCGGGCCAGCCCCUUCUCCUUCCUCGACGAGCUCCCGCCGCUCUUCUCCGCCCAUCAACGCCACCAGCGCACCACCGAGCAAAACGAGCGCGACCGCAGCGAGAGCAUCCACCUGACCGAACCACCACCUUCAGCCGCAGCUCCCUCGCCUCUCCACGUCAGCUCCGUGCGCUUCUCGACUCGGCCGGUGAGUCGGACGGCGGACCGCCCCUCGUCGGGCCGAGCGCGAGCGGCGGCGAUGCCGGCCGACAGCGUCCUGUGGGGCAACGGCCACCUCUCCCUGCCGCGCAGAUCGCACAACCCCUUCUCCUCCUCUUCAACCAUCGGCGCCGCACCGCCACCACCCAGCAUCAUCAACAGCAGUGGCCCCGGCAGCAACGGCAGCAACAGCGCCGUCUUCCUCAACCCCAUGUACAGCGAAGAAGACUUCUAA